AUGUCCCAGAGCCCCGAGCUGAUGGACAAAUCCAUGAAGUGCCCCCUGUGCAUGGAGCUACUGGGGAUGGACGAUGUCAACUUCUUCCCCUGCACCUGCGGCUAUCAGAUCUGCUGCUUCUGCUGGCACCGCAUCCGCACCGACGAGAACGGGCUCUGCCCCGCCUGCGAAACGACUUACCCAGAAGACCCGGCAGCGUACAAGCCAGUGUCCCCAGAGGAGCUGCAGUGGAUAAAGUAUGAGAAGAAGCAGAAACAGAUGGAGCGCAAGCAGCAGAUGAAGGAGUACAGGAAGCACCUGGGCAGCGUGCGUGUGGUGCAGAGGAACCUGGUAUUCGUAGUGGGGCUGUCCCACAGACUGGCCGAUCCAGCGGUGCUGAAGAGGCCAGAAUAUUUUGGGAAGUUUGGGAAAAUCCAGAAAGUGGUCGUCCAAAAGGGCACAUCCCAGGCUGGUCCACAGGGUUCCGGUGCCUGUGCCUACGUCACAUACAUUCGUUCUGAAGACGCACUCCAGGCGAUACAGUGCCUGAACAAUGUCGUAGUGGACGGGAGGUCACUUAAGACCUCCUUAGGAAUGACAAAGUACUGCAGCUACUUCCUGGAAAGCAUGCAGUGCCCCAAGCCAGACUGCAUGUACCAGCACAAGCUGGUCAACGAGGCGGCCAGCUUCACUAAGGAGGCGAUGCAGUCGUUAAAGCACCAGGAGUAUGAGCAGAAACUGCAGGAGCCGUUCAACAUGAACCACAGCUUAUUACAGUCAUCUGCCGCGGGGGAGACCAAGAGCAAAUCAGGCUCUUCACAAAGUUCCACCAACAACGGCAAGGAGGCGCUCAAGGGCUCGGGGAAAACGUCCAAUGGGCUCGGUCCGGAGCUCCGAAGCACUCCUCCGCCGGUUGGGCUCCCCGACCCGGACCACAUGACCCCCAACGGGCUGAACGAGCUUGGGCCCGGGGGCCCCCCCUCCCCCGUUCCCUCCAUCUGCUAUCCCGCCAGGCCGCAGUGA